ACCCGCAUCGGGCGGGGUGGGGGGUGGACGAACCUCCGGGGAAGCGGGUCUGCGGCAGCCAUGAUACAUUUUAUCUUGCUGUUCAGCCGACAAGGGAAAUUAAGACUUCAGAAAUGGUUUAUUACACUUCCUGAAAAGGAAAAGAAAAAAGUCACCCGAGAAAUUGUGCAGAUUAUUCUGGCUCGAAAUCAAAAAAUGAGCAGCUUUGUUGACUGGAAAGAUCUCAAGCUUGUUUACAAAAGGUAUGCUAGUUUGUAUUUCUGUUGUGCAGUAGAAGAAGAAGACAAUGAACUCCUGACCCUAGAAGUUGUCCAUCGUUAUGUAGAGCUAUUGGACAGAUAUUUUGGCAAUGUAUGUGAAUUGGAUAUUAUUUUCAAUUUUGAGAAAGCAUAUUUUAUACUUGAUGAAUUUCUAAUGGGCGGGGAAGUUCAAGAGACAUCCAAAAAAUCUGCGGUGAAAGCCAUAGAAGAUGGUGAUAUGUUACAAGAGACAAUGGAAGAAUAUAUGAGCAAGCCUGCCUUUUAAAUCAAAACUACAGAACCAGCUAAAGGGACCAUGUAACAUGGCAUAACAUCUCAAGUGCCAGAUUUUGUUUAAAAUACACAUUGCCCAAGUUCUAAAAGUGAUAUGUUAUCUAUGCAACUGUCAAGAUGAAGGUCAGCCACAGUGCUGUCAGUAUAGCAGCACAUGUAUAUUAUACUUUAUAUGAAUUUAUUUUAAUUUAAUCUUUCUUGGCUGUCUAGAUUGAAAGUUUUAUGGCAACUCUUACUAUCAACUUUUUACUUCUAAGAAAUUGAUACUAGAAUCUUUGAAGGAUAUAUUUAUGACUCUGGACCAGUUUCUGAUCAAUUCAAUAUAAUUUUGUAAAAACAAAAAUUGUUUUGUGAUUAUUUCUUCUAUAUUAAUAAUAAUACUUUUACAAAAC